CACAAAAUUUACAGGUGAAAGUUGAUAGUAAGGAGAAUUUCUCUCGUUAUACCAGUCGUCGAGUUUGUAGUUGUGUUGUGUUAUACAUUUUGGAUCUCUGAGAGCUGCGGCUGCUCCUUUUGACCGCUUCCUGCUCCAAUCUCUUCCCUGAAGUCAACAGAAAUAUUUACCAAAAUGGCUGGAGGAGGAAUGAUCCACCAGCUUUUGAGGAGAAAACUUCAGUCACACACUGCUGCUUCUCCAUUUUUAUCCAUCUUUACUUCAAAGAAAGUUCAUGAAGAUGCUGGAUCUGCGGGUAUGAAGUCCUUGAGAACUUUUGCACUCCUUGGAGCUGGUCUUUCAGGGAUUCUGAGUUUUGCAACGGUAGCAUCUGCCGACGAGGCUGAACAUGGAUUAGAGUGUCCAAACUAUCCUUGGCCUCACAAAGGCAUCCUUAGUUCAUAUGACCAUGCUUCGAUUCGUCGUGGCCACCAAGUUUACACACAAGUGUGUGCAUCUUGCCACUCUAUGUCUUUGAUAUCAUAUCGUGAUUUAGUGGGUGUUGCAUACACAGAAGAUGAGGUGAAAGCUAUGGCAGCUGAGAUUGAGGUGGUUGAUGGGCCUAAUGAUGAGGGCGAGAUGUUUACCCGUCCUGGUAAACUCAGUGAUCGGUUUCCUCAGCCAUAUGCAAAUGAACAAGCAGCUAGAUUUGCUAAUGGAGGGGCCUAUCCUCCUGAUCUAAGUCUUAUUACGAAAGCUCGUCACAAUGGUCAGAACUAUGUUUUCGCUCUCUUAACAGGAUACCGUGACCCUCCUGCUGGUGUUUCUAUCAGGGAGGGAUUGCAUUACAAUCCUUACUUUCCUGGAGGAGCUAUUGCCAUGCCUAAAAUGUUGAAUGACGGUGCUGUUGAGUAUGAAGAUGGUACGCCUGCAACAGAAGCACAGAUGGGAAAAGAUGUUGUAUCAUUUUUAUCAUGGGCUGCAGAACCAGAAAUGGAAGAAAGGAAAUUGAUGGGUUUUAAGUGGAUAUUUGUACUCUCACUGGCAUUACUUCAGGCAGCGUAUUACCGGCGCUUGAAGUGGUCAGUUCUCAAGUCACGCAGGCUUGUUCUCGAUGUUGUCAACUAGCUUCCAACCAGUUUAUCUCACUGUAAUGCUUAUGGGAGGACUUGGAUUGGCAAUGGCAAUAAUUAUUUUGUCGGAAAGCCAUGGCAAAUUGGUGGACAUAUUGUAAUGGAGUUGACCUGAAGAGUCCUGUUUCUUUGUUAAAUUGAGGAAGAAAAUAAGCUACUCCUUACACAACAAAUUAUGUUUUUGUCCCUUGCAUGAAUUUUUGUUAGAUUUUUUUCUUUUUUUUCUCUGAAGUGAUAUAUUCUUCUGGUUUGAUUACUCUUCUCAGUACUACAAUCCAGAUUCUGCUUCAUUAAUGCGAACAACAUAUAAAAUUUGAGAGGGUAUUUUCACCUUCGAUGGAUGGUAUAACCUGCCGUUGAAAUAAGUUAUUUUGUGACAUUAUUUAUAUCAA